AUGCUUAACAGUAACAUUGCUGCCGGCCCUGAGCUAUACGGCAACACCCACAUCAAUACUGGUGCCAACAACGACAACUCCAGCAAUCAGCCCAGCUAUGACAACCAACCUGAUACCCCACUACAUCCCAAGGGUAAUGAAGAACUACCAUCGACGUUUUUCAGAAAGAACUCUGAUUUGGCCAAGGAGAGUUUAGAAUUGCAUUUAAAUAUGGACUUAAAUCCCGACUUAUCUGAUGAUGAUGAGGACAAUGAGGAAGAUAACAAUAUCAGCAAGACUAUCAAUGAGAAUAUUGGCCGCGGAUCUUACCACCACAAUCAUAACGACCAUAUAAUACCUGCAAAGAAUAAAUUUUACAAUAACUGUUCUAGAGUGCAAUUCAGCAUAGGAAACGAUAAUGAUGACGAAAACGAAAUCGACAUUGAUCUCGAUACAGACAGCGCCAAUAUUGUUUCUAAUGGUUUUUCAAAUUACAUUUCAAGUGAUGUUGAUAUGGAUUUAGAUUAUCAAACCUCUGAAUCUGAACUAUCUGAUUUCAAACCUUCGAAAUCAUUUGUCAAUAAUAACCAUACACUCCACAAUACGCAUCAAAACAAAAAAAAUUAUUUAGAUAUUUCAGUACAUCAAACAAUAAACAAAAAAAAAUUGACUAAUAAACAACAUUCAAAAUUAAUAAUGUAUAUUGAUACUGAAUUAAUCAAUGUUCAAAAAAAAUACGUUCAAUCUUUCAAUGACGAUGAAGACAAUACUACUACUAGUAACAAUAAUAGGCCCCCUGCUUAUAAAGAAUUAAUUGAAUUAUUAGACGAUUUAAUUAAAUUGGUGAGAUUUAUUGAAUAUUCAAUUAAAGAAACUACAUUUAAUUACGGCUAUCAAACUCAAUAUUUGAUUAAAAUUUCUGGUGAUUUAUUAGACUAUCUACAUUUUAAUAAUAAGUUUAAAUUCAAUAAAAAAACUCUUCUAAAACUAAUUCAAUUGAUUCAACUAAUUGAUUUAAAUUUUGUUUUACUAAUCGACAGUCACAAUUCUUUAAGUAAUACAGAUAAAGUUAGAUUAUGUACCAUAACUGAAAGAAGUAGACUAUCUGUUAUAAGUUUAACUGGAAAAUUUAAUGUCAAUGACUACAAGUAUGAAGUUAGCAAAUUAUAUGAAAAUGUUCUAGAAAGAAUAACUUAA